AUGCCACGUGAGAUUUUGACCCUGCAGCUCGGCCAAUUUGCCAACCAUGUGGGGACACAUUUCUGGAAUCUGCAAGAGGCACUCUAUGCCAACCCUGACCCUGAGAAGAGGCGUCAGGCCCUCGACGAGCUCAACCCCGACAUUCUCUUCCGCGAAGGCUUGAAUGAUGCUGGGGAAGCCACUUUCACACCCCGAACCCUCAUCUUUGACGCACGGAAUGCCUUUGGCUCUCUGGGUCGCGGUGCUGUGCAGACGGUUCAACAAAGCUUGCCUCCGAGCAGCCAGUUUCACACAAGCCUUCAAACUACCAUGAACGGCAGCGAGGCUGCCGCCCUCUCUGACAAGGAGGCUGCGCUUUGGAGCAACUACAGCCGCUGCUUCUUUCACCCUCGCUCAGCGCAUGAACUCCGCGAAGUCUACGACGCCGAUCCAUCGACCCCCUUUGAUGAUUUUUAUGAGGGCAGCCAUCUGUGGCGGGAUCAUGCUUAUGCCGAUGCCUUUGAAGAUAACAUCCGAUGGUUUCUCGAAGAAUGCGACUCUGCACAAGGGUUUCAAGUCUUGGCCGACUGCGGCAACGGCUUCAGUGGGCUGACAGCAGGUGUCCUUGAAUACCUGCAAGAUGAGUAUUCGCAAAAGGUGGUCACUACGCUGGCCUGUCUGCCCCCUCAACUGGGAGAUGCCGAGCUGGAACUGCCAGUGGAUGUUGCUACUCUCCCCGAAGCCCAAGUUGCCGCUCGUCAUGUCGCCCUACAACGUCGUGCCACCCGCCGAGCUGCCACUUUGGCUGCUCUGGUUGAAUUCCGAGAACUCAGCCAUGUCCUCUUGCCGCUCUCGCCCUGCCGCAGUUUGCUCCGCCAAUUUGAUGAUAUCCUGACGCUGCCCAAUCUGAACCUUCAGACCCCGAAUACUGACACGCUGCCCUCUGAACGCGCCUUCUCUUCCACUGCCCUGCGUGGCGCGAACCUGCUGUCCCUGCAACCCACACCUGCAGAACUGCAGGCACAAGCCAACAUUACCAAGCUAGACACGGCACGAACAGCAGAAGAGCUGUUGCAACGCUAUCUCGGUGCCCAGCAGCUCAGCCGACAAUUUAUCUCCACUGUGUGCCAAACGAGCUUGGCAACCGCUGCGCCAUUUCCCACCCACGCCUCGCAAACCUCGGCUCUGACCGUUGCUUGGUGCGGUGAAGAGACGACAAAGGGCAUGGUUCGCGCGAUGGGCGAGCUGGGCUCUGCCUG